AUACAACGUGUUAUUGAGUAUACCCUGAAAAUAUCCAAGUUUAUUAAAAUUAAACUGAGUAGGGACGAUUUUUACUGAUAGGGCCCCAUCAAAAGAAUUGCCACGAAAGAAGAUUUGCCAUGGGCCCCAGAUGGUAUAGUUAUGCCACUGUCUUUAACAUUCUGUGUUACCAACUACGAUCAGCUUACGAUACAAUAUUGUGUAUACUACAGUAAUCGACGCACGCAUUUAUUUGUCUCAAUUCUGAAUUCGAAAAAUAAAACUAUGUUAAAUUCUAAUGCAACAUCGAUAUAGCCUCGACACCAAUGAAAGUGAACGAGCAACACUAUACAUCAACAAUCUCAAAGGAAAACACAUUGUCGUGUGCACUCACAAAGAAUUCACAUUUUUCAGCGCAGACGCAAGCGUUAUAACAAACAAAUUGUUUCUAACAACCACUCAGUGAUGUGACAAAAUGUCGAGUAACAGCAGUACAAGUAGUAUACGGCAAUUUGGAUUAUACAGGACGAUAGAUGCAAGGACUGAGGAGUUUUUGAGGCUUUCGAGGAAGCGGCAACUCCGGCAAGGAUGCAUUUGUGCUGCUAUUUCGACGGCAAUUACAGUUAUUGUUGUGAUUAUUAUUAUCCUUAUCUAUGAGUACAGUAACGUGACCAAUGCACAUAAUAUCAAACCAAACUGGUUGGGGCUAAUGAAUCAAAGCGACCCAUUACAAUUGGACCCAUCGCAUAAAACGAAAUUCAAAUUAGAUCGCACGACAAUACAAAUCCUACCAUUGCUGUUAAAAGCGUUCACCAAAAAUAAAUAUCUUGACCCGGACGUCGAAGACAGUUCCAGCCCGAGUCCUAAUCUGAAAGACGAAGACACAACAGAGAAAAUGCACAAGAAUAUAUUUGCUGAUACCCGUAACUGGAUGAAAAUGCCAACCUCUAGAGUUUAUGCUAUAGAAUUCAAGACAUCACCCAUUGUUUACUUUAAAAAUCCGACUAGAAACCUUGAUUAUUUUAGAAAAAUUAGAAAAAUAAGAGAUUAUGAAAGAGUAAUGAAUUACGUUGAUAAAAUGAUAAAUGAUAAAGUUACAUCGGGUUCAACGCAACCUAUGGUAAAAACAGAUUAUAACAUAUACGAGAAAUCUAAAUUUUCAGAGACGGCAACAAUCCCAAUGAUAAAAUGGCAAACCACUAAACCAAAAUCAAUGAAAAUAAAUAACGAAUAUUUUAUCGAACCAGAAAAACAAAUUAAUUGCAGUUGUUCCUCCAGUAUAAGUUUAUUAAUACGUAAACUUAUGAUGAGCUUGCAAAAAAUGAUGCCAGAUUUAGUUAAUACUAAGGUAGAAAGUGUAAAGAAUUGUACAACCCAUACGGUGAAUACUGUCUUAGAGUCUAACAAUCAUAAAGUUAAUACUACAAAAGAUAGACAUUUAUUAAAAACCAACAGACAAAAUGAAACUAAGACUCAAGUUCCUAACGCGUAUUUGAAAUCGGAUUUAGAAAAACUAAAAAAAUCCAGUAAAAAUUCUAGUAAGAAUGACAUGGCUAUAAGUAAUAUGUUAAGAUUACUAAAACCGAACGUAACAUAUAAUAAAAACAAAAACAUCAAUCAUAACUUACAUAAUUAUAAACUAUUUGAAAAAAAACAGAGCACCCAAAUGGAAAAUCAGAUAAAGCCAGAAAAAUUACCAAAAUCUGAUGAUAAUAUAAACUUGCACAAAAGUACCUUUGAAAGAAAUAAGUCAUAUAACAGCAUCGAUCACUUCUCUAAUAAACACAAUAUAUUUGAGAACAUCAGUGAGUCUACUGCUUCACCUGUAAUUGAUGAUUAUUAUGAAGACUAUACACAAACUGAUCCUAAUGAUAUAUCAAAUAUAUUUGACAUUUUAGAUACUCAUACCUUAGAACUUGUAAAAAACAACAUUAUUUCCACUAAAUCGCAUAGUUAUGUAAAAAAAACAACUCCAAAUGAUCAAAAUACAUUUACUACUGAGCCUCCACAAUAUGAUUUUGAAGAUUAUAAAAGGAACGUAUCGGAUGAAAGGUAUGUGAUAGCAAUGAACUCUUUUGAAGGAAAUCGUCAUAUGUUACAAAAUGACACAUUAGUUGUAUUAAACUUUAACAAAACGACUACAGUAAAAAACACUGAAUUUUAUUCAAUUGAAGAACCAAUAACACAUAUUGAAACAAAAUACAUACCAACAAUUAAGCCAGAAAAUAAUAGAAAUGAAUUACAUGAAGAUACUAAUCGAGAUGAAGCUCUUGAACGAGAAAAUGAUAAACUUGAAGAAGAAAUGGAAAAAUCAACUAACGAAGAAUCUACUGAGGAAGAUUUUAAACAAAUGGAGAACAUAAUUGAUAAUUUUAAAAACGAUAAUAGCCGCCCCUCUAAAAGACAAAAAACCGAACCAACAAAUAGUUCUGAGUUAUAUUACUGGGAAUUCAUAAAAAUUCAAGAGCAUGCUAAAAACAUAAGCAAAGCUAUUUUAUCUAAAACUCGUCCUACUUAUUUAGAAAUGCAAAGAAACAAUUGGAAGCAAGAAGAGACUAAUAAUAUAAUAGAAUAUGAUGCUAACAUUAAUAACUAUAUUUUUGAGUAAUUACUUCAGUGACAUUCAAAUGUAUUAUUUGUUUAACUUCCUAGUAUUCCUAAAUAAAAAAAAUAUUUGAUAAAACAAAAAACUUAUUAUUUCUACCAAUUUUAACCCAAAUCAAAUUACACCAUAAUGCGCCUUAUAACUCUAUAGAUUUUUUG